GGGGGAGGGGGGGGGAAUGGAGAGUGGAGGGACAUGCCAGGAGUGUCCAUGUCAUGUGGGAGUGGGGCGUUUUGGAACGGAAGGGGCUUUGACGUUGCACCUGGGGGUGCGGCCGUGGCUGCUGCCAACUCUAGGCACAGGCCAGGUUCGGCGUCAGGCUUGCGUUCCGGACCAAUCCGCGAGUCAGGUUCGACGAGAGGCCCGGCAAGUGGUGGAGAGCAGAUGGGUGUGAGAGGUGGAGAAGAGAGGGGGGGGAGAGGUGACCGGGGAAGCAGCUGGGGUGGGGCUGGAGGGGAUUUGGGGGAAGAUGGUGUGAGUAGUGCGAGUGUGAGUAGAGCAGGUUUGAGUGUUCGGGGAGGAAGGCGGGAGGAAGAGGAGGAGUGGAGGCAGGGCGAGAGGGCCAGUGCUAUGGGGAGUGAGGGAGGGGAUGACAUGUGGCGGGGAGGUGGAAAGUGCGAUGAGGAGGGGGUGAGUGAGGGAGUGGGAGAGGGUAGGGAGAAGGAGGUGGAGGUCUGGGGGAACGAGGAGGGAGAGGAGAGUGAUGGAGGUGGCAGUGUGGUGGAGUUUGAGGAUGAGAGUGAGGAGGGAGAGGAGAGCGAGGAGGGAGAGGACGAUGAAGAGGAGCAAGACGAGGAGGAAGAGGAGGAUGAAAGGGAAGGGGACAACUAGAGAGAAGAUGGGGAAGAGGACGGAAUUUAGAGGCAAUGGAGAAAACCGUACAGACUUGAUGAGGGUGUGAAAGCAUAUACUUGGCUCCCAGCUGUGAGCUGGAUGGCUCAUUCGUAUUGUAUAAUUUGAUUACUAUUUAUUGACGAGUUGCUUGUAUGGGUACGAAGGAAGGCAUGUUCUUGUGUGGUGGUGGUGCAUGUAAAGCUAGUC